GCGAAGCCUUGGCGAAGGAGCUGCCGCUGCUCGGAGCGCCGUCGGACCUGCGAGCAUGGGGCGCGUGCAAGGAGGGAUGCGCUGUGUCAAGUUCCUGCUCUUCAUUUUCAACUUUAUCUUCUGGUUGGCAGGUUCAGCUGUCGUCGCAUUUGGGCUAUGGCUGCGGUUUGGAAACGUAUUGAGAGAUUUAGCAACUGAUGAAAAGUCCCCGGAAUACGUUUAUAUGGGGCUCUAUGUGUUGGUGGGAGCAGGUGUGCUGAUGAUGACAGUGGGAUUUUUUGGAUGUUGUGGAGCUGCACGGGAAUCUCAAUGCCUGCUUGGAGCAUUCUUUACUUGCUUGCUGGUGAUUUUUGCUGCUGAAGUCACGGCAGGAGUGUUCGCUUUUCUUGGCAAGAAAGUGGCUGUCAAAGAGGUCCAGGACAUGUAUGACGAAGCUUAUGAAAACUACGUCAAUGAUAUGGGUAAAAACAAAACCCUCAUCCAGUUCCACGAUGCACUCCAAUGCUGUGGGAAAGAGAGUGACAGUCAAGUGAAGCUCACCUGUCCAAAAGACUUGGAGCAGCCCAAAAAUUGUCUGGAUGAAAUUGAGACGCUCGUUGACUCAAAGCUCCAUUUAAUUGGCAUUGUUGGGAUUGCAAUUGCUGGGAUCACAAUCUUCGGCAUGGUCUUCAGCAUGGUCCUUUGUUGUGCAAUCCGUAACACAAGAGACAUGCUCUAGAACUCUCACUGUGCAAGAUUACUUUCACCCCAGGGACUGGAAGCCUUCUGGCUGGAACUCUGCAAGAAACGCUUGCUCGCUCAGCUUAACACCUGUAAUCCAUUUUAAUUAGCGGCGUUAACCAACUGACAGAGAAAAAGGGGAUGUUUGGUGAGCCCGAGAGUUUGCAUCGUUUGCAUUUAAAAUUUCAAGACAAAGAAAUCUGAAGUGAGCAAAUAGGAUGAGCUUAAAAAUGCCUUUUCCAAGACAGUGGCAACAUCUGAAACUACUUCUUCUGUUUUUAAGAUUACUUUGCACAUGUGUGUGGGUGAACAGUGCCUGUAUUUCCUCAUUCAAGUACAUGAGUGUUUGUUUUAGCAUACAGCUGCAUGUGGUGCAGCUGCACAGAUAUCUGUAUAUACGGUACUCCGUAUGAUCAUGUGUAAGUUUUGUGGGUGUCUGUAUUUGCAUGUGUAUUCCUGCAGUAUAUAUACAUACACACACACUUGGGUGCAUACCCAGCCUUAAGCCCUUUCCAAGUGAACUCUUCUUUGCUGAUAAUUUGUGGAGAAACAAAUGGAUUUUGAAAAACCAAAUGUCCCCUCUGGUCUUUGUUCAGUCUCUGCAAUAUUUAAAGGGAAUUAGAUUUAACUGAUUGAAUUGAGUUAAAUGUCAUGCUACUAAGCUCUGUUCCUGGACAACUCUCCUCCAUGGGAAGAUUUCUGCUGAUUUCUUUGCCACAUGCAGAAUUGUUUAUAGGCCAGUGCCUUGUUUUGAUCACUGGAAGAACCCUUGUUUUGAUCACAUGUGGAAAACUCUGGCCUGAACAAGGGUAGGUAGAGCAACAAUGGGUUAGCUCUCAAUUAGUAGAGAUCAAUUAAAGCAAUAGGUGCAAACUGGAGUUUAUUAGGCACAGGAGAGCUUUUUAUGAAACCAAGCAGCCAUGUUACUAAAGAGGGCCUCUCCCUUUUUUAAAAAAUAAAAUGAAAUCAGGUUGUCUAUUACAAACAGCUUAGUCUCCCUCAAAAUAUCUUUGGUUUCCCUGAUAAACAUUACUUCGUGCCACUUGACUUAAUUUUUUUUUAUCUCCACACAAAGAAAGGUCCUUUGUUCACAAUCAAAAACACUGUGCCCCAUCUACGUUGUAUGUUUGGCAUGAUAAUCCCACAAACCCCAGCAGAACACAAAUAGCAUGAAGUAAGUCCCUCAGUGUGAUUUAUUCUCUAGUAAGUGUGUUUAGGACUGCAGCAUAAGGAUUAUAGAGUUGCUAAAGUUGAUAACCAUGCUGGUGCUCACAACUGUUUAUUCACUCAUUACACAAGCACUUCCAUGCUGCCUUUGCUCAGCAGAAAAGUGCACAACUACAUUUUUUUCUAGUUGUUACUAUAAUUUUGUUACUACUUUGGCUGCAUCAUUAGCUAGCUAUAGCAUGAAACAGCCAAAGUUAAGCACGUGCUUAACUCUCUCACAGAAAUCUUAACUUUGUUUCUGUUUAUUUUUUCAAUGAAAGAUUCUUGAAAUGACAGUUCAGAACAGAGGCAGCAGGAAGACCCUGCUAUACUUCAAAGCUAAAAACAAAAUAAAAAAAAAGAAUUUUAAACAUAUAAUUUUAAAAUAAACCCCACAUUUUGCAGGCAGGAGGGAGAUGGAUCACUUGCCAUAAUUACAUCACAGACAGCAUUCAGUUAAGUGACUGUGUCACUUGUACAAGCAGGUUUAACACAGCAGUCAUACUAGCAAUCUUCAGUUAAGAUGCUGGAACUAAAAUCAAUUUCUUGGAAAGGACCAGAGAGCCUAGAGGAAAGGGUGGGGAGUUUGGACUGUUUAAAAUACAGUAUACUGUGGCACAGUAAGAAGUAUCAGCUAAAUUAGCUUUCAGAAUUUUAAUCAUUUGUAAAGUAGAUCUCAAAUGGUCUACCUUUGCCUUGGGGCCAGCCCUCCAAUUAGGCAGAUUCUAGGAGGAGGGGAACAGCAGGAAACUGUUGAAGGACAGCUGGGGUGUGUGUGGCCUGCCCUAUGGCCCCUAAGCUAGCCUACUGUCCACAGGUGUGUUGGAAGAUAUUGUCCUUUCAUCAGUGUUGAAGUAAGAUUCAACUGCCAAUCUAGCCAGCUUCUGUAGAUGGGAAGGGAUGCCAUUUUGUCCUUUGCCUCAGGCUGCAUAAUGUUUUCAGCUGGUGCUUAUCCCUGUUCUAGGACUGGAAAAAGUCAACAUAGACUCAGUGCUGUAACAGAAGCUGCUCUGUCUGGUGAGACUCUACAUACAUAGGACCCAUGCUAUAGCAGAUGCCAAUGCAAGACUGGGACCUUCUGGCCAAACUGCAGUGGCCAUUCAGGAGAUCCUGAUCUUAAGGUUCUGGGUAACAGAAUGUAGGUCAAGAUUUUAGAACAAGGAAACUGGCAUUUUAAUACCCUUCAUUUCUGUUGAUUCUUCCUGAGAAACAGAGCUUUGGUUGCUGCAGGGCAUUUUAACUAGGUCAUGCUAUUACUGUCUGAGGGUGGGUAAAAGUUGUAGAAAUGACACUGUAUACUUGAAAUACCUCAGGAGUGAGUUUACUUUGUAUUGUUUCUAUUUAUUUCUGCUAAAAUGCUCCUUGAAAAAUAAUCAGAUGGAAUUAAUCCAGCUAGCCAGAGGGAAACUCGUGCAAUCCUGAUACAUUACAAUCAAUAGGAUCUUGCCAUUAACUUCAACCAGAUGUGCACCCUUUGGAACCUUUCUAUCUGGUCAGUUUUCUAGGAAGCUGUCAUUUUAGGACUCGGAACUCGGGUAAUGACCUCUGCUGUUCUGUUUUUUUCUGAUUCAGCUGUUGCUAUGUUUUGCUUCAAAUCACAGUAACCCAUCUAAAAGAAUAUGUUAACAAAAGAACACCCUUACAUGUGCUGCAUGUACAUGUUCCAUCCAAACAUAUUGAAAGCAUAUGAGACCUCAGGGAAAGCCUUCUACAGCAGGGCUUCAUUUGAAAGGCAGUGUGCACCCAAGUGUGUAUAUGUGUGUCAGAGAUCAGAAGCCCCAAGGUGUAUGUGAGCUUUUCUUUCCCGACAAACACGAGUGCAUGCGCACACUCCAUCAUCUCCCCCAAGAGACUUGAGCUGUACCUCUUUAUCUACUGCUUGACCCAGUUCAGACAUUUCAACCCAGAAUAUUUCACAUGAUGGGAUCUGGGCACAGCCUCUGGAGCAGACUCAUCAUACUCACGAUCAACGCUGCCCAUACAGGUGACCAUUUAGUGCUGGUGGCUCCUGAAGCACAAGCACAGCCUACAUGAUAUGAAAUGCAUUGCUUUGGGUGUAAAUGGCUGAAUAAAGCCCUUGUUCUAUUUGGGAAGCAGACUUACAUGCAUGAGAAGUAGUUCUUACUUGAUAUUUGCAGUUUGAGGUGAUCAGAAAUAGCUGGGUGGUGUGUGUGUGUGUGUGUGUGUGUGUGUGUGUGUGUGUGUAGGGUCAUCUUUGUUCAAAAAUGUUCAUCAGUCUGAAAACAUCUUAAAUUUUGGAUUUGAUGGGAAUUUCUACCAGGUUUUCAAUUGGAAAGGGAUAUCUUCCUGGGAGUUUUAUUCCAAAAGAAAAUUAAGGAGGGAGAGAGCCCAUUUUAAUUGAGAAUGGGAUGUAUGUUGUUUUCUUUCCAAACCUUGCUUUAUUUUAAUAAUUAGCAAUUCCCUUAAGAAACAAAUCAUCUCCAUCAGAAUCCCAGCAAUUCUCCAAUGAAACCAAAGCUGUCCCCAAAAGUGAAAGCAGCAGGACAGAUGUUAGCAAAAGUAAUAUCUUCUGCAGCUUUCGAAGGACUACCCAAUGCUUUUACCCCUGACUUCUCCAUGAUCCAGGCUCAGGGCUUGUCCAGGUGGAUUCCAUUUCACGGAAUAGGAAUGCUGUUACAAUGUUCCCCAGGCCCUGUAAUCCAGCUUUCCAGAUUGCUUUCAGAUUGUGCUGAUCCCAGUCAGUCCACACAUAGCUGACCUAGAUGAGAGUAGGCAGUGGUGUUUUUUUUUCGUUUUGGGAAACCUCUUGUACUCCCAGUUUUAUGCCGCAGGACCAAACCAGGAGCAGAUGAAGCCCUGUUUGGAUGACUCUUGUUUUCACUUGCAUCCCCAUCUUCUCCUUUUUAUUGUUUACUCCUUUUUACUUGGUUUUAGUAAAUGAGACAGGCGAGCUGAUGCCCUAAAUACAAGUUAGAAGAGGUCUGCACUGCUCCAUUCUGGCAGCUUCAUUUCUUGCUGGCAGGGUACACCUGCUCCCUCUACUAAUCAGAAAAUGUAUAUGGCAGAGUGAGGGCAUGGACAGUGCCAGGUCAGAAAUGGCCCCAAGUUGGCCUCUGAUUAGCUUUUGACUUUUCUAUGAAAUGGCUUUGUCCUUUGCAGAUGUCACCCCUGCCUGCUGAGCUGUGCUGUGCUGAUAACUGUGGGCUGCAUACUAAGGGCGGGGAUGUGCUAUCUGUAUAGACAGAUUGGGCAAUGCACGCGCCCGCUGAAAGUGGAAGUGGAGCAGCAGGCACAUACACAUGCAUGCCAUUCUUUUAUUUAUUUGUUUCACAUUGGAGUAGUGAUGGCAGUUUUGGCUUUUGCCUCUUUCUUCACUGACUCCAUCAGAGUUGUCAAGCUUGGAAAAACCAGUCUUGCUUCCCAGAUGUCAUCUCUUUUAGCUUGAUUGCUUCUUUACCUCUAAGUGCCUUUUCGGAAACAAAGCUGGAUGCCAAUUCUGCAAGUAGAUUUUUUUUUUAAAAAAAAAAAUCAAACUUGAACUAUAUUACAUUCUAGCAAAUUAUCACUUCCCCGCAUCUCAUUGUAUUUUUUUCCUAUGCAUGUAGUUGUUAUACCUGUCCUGGGAUUAUCUGCUUUCCAGAAAUAAUAAAAGCAUGUGUUUGGAAUUGCAAGACAGAAAUGCAAUGACACCACAUGCAUGUUUUUUCUGGAUUAUUUGUGUGUCCCAGAAAAUAGCAUAUAUUAAGUCUAUCAGUGCCUUUUAAUAACUUCAUAGCUGUAGCCUUCCCACCUCACCAUGUUGGAAAUAAUUUAUAAUGCUAUUGUGGGGGGGUGGGAGGGGAUGGAGGGAGAAUCUCUCACCUCUGAAUUACAUUUGAAAGGCAUUCCAUCUUGAGUAUCAGUAAAUGCUGUCAAAUGAUUGUUUAGCUCUGUCUGUCCCUUUCUGAAACUCUGAAUUUUUCUGUGAUGUGUUGCUAACAGUUUGCAAGUAGUGAGUGUUGGGCCUACUGGUACAACUGCUGGGGCAGAUAGGUGCCACCUUGGAUUUCUGUGGGGCUUCCACUGCUUUCAUUGUGCUGCUGCUCUUUGGCUGAGGUCUGACAUCCUCACUUUCUUUCCAGGCUCUAUGGGGGAAAGCAGUCUUUCCUAAGAGAAUUAAUUUGAGAAAUGCCCACUGUAGGGAUCCAGCAGGAGCAUCAGAUAACAGCUUAAGGGAAAUGUGGAGGUAGUGCAGCCAGGUGCUUCAUUCCUGCUAAUGAAAUGGAGCGGGGGGGGGGGGGGGAAGAACCUCAGAAACGCAAGCUCCAAAAAGAGAAAACCCGGGUGCUGAAUAGUGCUAAUGGUUUACUGUGCUCCAUGUGUUUUGGAGUCUAGACUCCUUCUGCAGGAGCUUGGAAGAUUUGAAAAUUCCACACAAUCUUUGCAACAAGGAGAGAAAGAAAACAUUGCUCUUUUGUUCUUUAGGCUGCAAUAUCUAAAGAGGUACAGAAAUUUCUAAACUUUCAAGCUCCUAAGGAAGGCGUCCACUACUCCAAAACACGUCAAGUGUAUUAAACCAUUUUCACUAUCCAGCACCUGGUUUUCCUCUGUAUUUUUGGUUUUCGUUGCACCCCCCGCCAAGUUACCAAACACGGCAUUGUUGGUCUUACCUCAGCACUGUGACCCUGCAAAUGGACCGAGCAGUGCCAUACUGUUUUGCAAGGCAGGGGGCGAAUUGAGGACCCUUUAAAAUGCAUUUAAUAAGCCCUUACUUGGAGGGGAAGCUUCUAACUUUUCCCCCCCUUGUGGAGCCUUGUGUACAUUAUGCAUCUAAUAGAUGCUGUGUCCUCAAUGUAAAUAUGGGCAUUCUCACUAACCAUGGGAAUGACUAUACUGAGUCACAGACCUUCCACGGUCUUCAUUGUAUCUGUUGGAGAGUACUGCCUGACCACUCCUGGCAAACCUGCAGGGAUCAGGCUAGACUUGACAGACACAGCACCACCAAAUAGCCAUGCCUCCUUUGUAGAUCCAAUGGUGGAAGCAAUUAUUUUAAGUGAAAAUGUGUAGUUUACUAUUGAAAUGGAUGUGCAAAACUGUUGUUUCCACAUUUUAAAGCCUACAUUUUAGAGUUUGUGCAAGAGACCUCAUUAACUCUUAAAAUGAUCAUGGAAAUAGAAAUAAACAUAGUCCUCCUUCCCAGUGUGCCUGAUGUCUGAUAGCAUCGGUGCAUUAAGUUGUUACCACGGGAAAUCAAGUACGUUCACCAUGUAGUCAUUUCCCCUUGCUGUAAAUGUUGUUGCGCAAUUGUUCUGUUACUGAAAUAUAUUCUAGUAUGGCUGGCUUUUUGAAUGCAUUUUUUAUCACCCUUUCUCUACUGAAGUUGGCGCAGAAUUCUAAU